AGUCCUACUCCAGCCACCAAGAUGAAGUUUUUUAUUCUAGCCGCUGCUGCUACCGUAGCCCUAGCUGCCCCUCAGGCUGGAUACCAACUGCCCCAGCCGGACCCACAACCCCAGCCAACCUAUGGCGUCCCCGAUGCCUCCGUGAAGUCAGCAGCCCCAGUUGAGGUUGUGCCUAUCAUUAAAGAUCAACGUACACAAAACGAGGACGGAACGUACACUGUCGACUUUGAAGCUGGUAAUGGAAUCGUCGUGGCCCAGUCUGGCUCACCUAGCGGCCCCGAGGGUGCUGUGGUUUCCUCUGGACAAUACACAUACAAAGCUCCUGACGGCACCAACAUCGCAGUGAAAUACGUUGCCGACGAGAACGGCUACCAACCCCAGUCUGACUCACUGCCAGUGGCUCCUAUAUUUCCUCAUCCACUUCCUCAAUACGUGUUGGACCAGAUCGAAUUUGCUGCUAAAGAAGACGCUGCCCUCGCCGCCGCCGAAGCUGCUGAAAGAAGUGCUGCACCUUCUCAGACCUAUGCACAACCUCUGUAACUGCCGCUGCUGUGUGGUAUUACCUAGCUGAUAUCCUCUCGAAAACUCUCAGUAAAAUGACUCACACUGGCCUCCUAAUCAUAGGGCUGGCUCGCCAUGGGUUCGAAACCCCACCCGUUCUGUGAGCUCUCGAUAAUAUAUUUCUUGAACGUUUUCCUUCAGUAUUGUGUGAAAGAUGUAGUGUACGAAAUAAUAUAUUAAUUAUCAACAA